AUGGCUACCCCUAGUGUCCUCGCUUUUGACGCUGAGGGUCGGGCCAUUGACUUUGAGGUCUGGGUAGAUGAUCUGCAGCUGUUCUUACAGUGCGAUAGGGCAGACGGCCUCUCUUUCUUUGACCUCACCUCUGGCGCUUCCCCUGCCCCUGCUGCUGAUGCUGACGCCACUGUUCGCUCCAAGUGGGCCACGCACGACGCUGCUGCACGUCUUGCUGUGCGUCGCCACCUCCCUACCUCCGAGCGUGCGCACUUUAGUCAGUACAAGAGUGCUCAGGCCUUGGGUGUUCUCCCUCCCCCCUCUUGCCCUCUGUUGCCUCUACUGCUGCGGCCGACCUCGUUGGUUUUGAGUCGGUCGGUGCUGCGUCUGCCCCUUCGGGGAAGCGCCGCACAGGCAAGGGCAAGGGGGGCAAGGGCGCUGGAGGAGCUGGAGGGGGCGGUGGAGGUGGUGGUGGAGGCGGCGGAGGGAGUGGGAGUGGUGGAGAAGGUGGGGGUACCGGUGGCAGCAGUGGGGGCGGAGGCGGCGGCGGUGGCGGAGGGAGCGGAGGAGGCGGUGGUAGCGGAGCCGGGGGUGGUGGCGGAGGCGGCGGUGGUGGCGGAGGCGGCGGAGGCGGCGGAGGUGGCGGUGGAGCUGGUCGCGGGUCUACGCAGAGGAGUGGCUCCGGUGGUGGUCCGCGCCAGCAGCAGCAGCGCGGUCGUGAGACCCUGUCCCCUCAGCAGCUCCGUGAGUGGUAAAUUGCACGCCAGCGGGGUGGGGGUUUUGGUCCGUGCACCUACGUCCUGCGCACCGGCAACCGUGCGGGUGCUUUGGUCGCAUGACGGACACGUGGCGUCACCAGUUCCCUGA